AUGUAUUAUCUCCGCACCCUCUACCACACUCACCACCCAACCACCUCCCCUCUACCACACUCACCACCCAACCACCUCCCCUCUACCACACUCACCACCCAACCACCUCCCCUCUACCACACUCACCACCCAACCACCUCCCCUCUACCACACUCACCACCCAACCACCUCCCCUCUACCACACUCACCACCCAACCACCUCCCCUCCCCUCUACCACACUCACCACCCAACCACCUCCCCUCUACCACACUCACCACCCAACCACCUCCCUCUACCACACUCACCACCCAACCACCUCCCCUCUACCACACUCACCACCCAACCACCUCCCCUCUACCACACUCACCACCCAACCACCUCCCCUCUACCACACUCACCACCCAACCACCUCCCCUCUACCACACUCACCACCCAACCACCUCCCCUCUACCACACUCACCACCCAACCACCUCCCCUCUACCACACUCACCACCCAACCACCUCCCCUCUACCACACUCACCACCCGCCAGUGGUUUCCUGUCUGACGUGGCAUGGAUGGUGAACGUGGGCCAAUCAAACUGCCACCUCAGCCGCGGCCAAUCAACAUCUGGCAGAUCAGGAACACACUCCCAGGGGGGGUUCUGUGCCGCAGCCACUGCUGCCCCCACUGCCGCCCCCACUGCUGCUGCCUCUGCGUCUGUGAGACUGGAAGGCUGA